GGAGCUACAAUCUGCAAACAAUGCACGGAGUACUUCUUACCACAGGUCUAUGCCUGCUUUUGGCUACUACAGCCUCUUCCACUAGGAUGGUCUGUGUCUAUGACAGAGUGGCAUCCACCAGACCCUCCGUCGGCCAGUUCACCCCGGCUAUGAUUGAUCCAACUCUCUGCACUCACAUCAUCUUUUCUUCUGCAAACAUUGAGACACAAGAAGUUGUACCUUUUGACUCCAACGACAUGACUCUCUACGCACAACUGAACAGCCUGAAAAACAGGAAUCCACAGCUUAAAACUCUGCUGUCUGUAGGCGGCCCAGGCUUCAACAAUCAAAUGUUUUCUGUGGCAGUCUCAUCAUCCAAUAAUAGAAACAGAUUUAUCACUUCAGCCAAGGCUCUAAUUAAAGACAAUGGGUUUGAUGGGAUUAAUCUGGAUUGGCGUCAUCCUGGAGAUGCAGAUAGCCAGCCAAUGGACCCAACCAGAUUCCUAAGUCUUUGUCAGGAGCUCAGAGCUGAAUUUGAUAAAGAGGUUCCAGCUCUGCUCGUCUCUGCCAGUGUGUCUGCAGUAAGAGCAACGAUUGACAGCAGUUAUCCCGACCCCAGUGCUUUGGCCUCGGCAAUGGAUUUCAUCAAUGUUUUAACGUUCAACUUUCAUGAUCCAUCAGAAUCAAACACAGCACAUCACAGUCCUUUGGGGGCAUUAUCCUCAAACCCUUCAGAUACUCGGACCACGGCAAGAACAGUUUUAAAGAUGUUUAAUCUUUAUUGUUUUCAUUCAUAUAUUUAUUCAUUUGUAAUGCACUUAUAG